AUGCCCUCAUCCAGCAGCGCUAGUAUGUUUGGAGGAGCCGGGGGAAGGGGCUCCCGGGUGUCCGUGGCCAGUUUGGAGGGGCUGCGUAACGUGCUCCGUAAUGAGACGGACAGGGACUCCGCUCCGGGGCCGCAGGCUCCAGCCCCGCGCACCGCCUCCCCCGGCCCCCCGCCGCCCCCCCGCGCCCAGCCCGCGGACGACAAGCAGACCCUGCGCGGCCUCAACGACCGACUGUCCGGCUACCUGGACAGAGUGAAGCAGCUGCAGGACGAAAACACCGACCUGCAGAAAAAGAUUGAUGGCGUCCUGGCCAAGAGGAAAGCCCCCGAGGGUCGCGACUGGAAUCAGAUUCAGGAACCCCUGGAUGAACUCAAGCAGCGGGUUAAAGACAUCACCAGGGACAAUGCAAGGCUGCUGCUCCAGAUUGACAACAACAAAAUGGCCAAUCAGGAUUUCAAGGACAAGCUGGAUUAUGAGACCAAGGCGAGGAAGGAUCUGGAAAAAGAGCUGGAGGAUAUGAAGAAGGUGAACGAGGAUACCAAACUGAACCAAGAACAGAUGCAGAAAGAGAUCGAUCUGGUGAAGAACGAGCUGGACCGCCUGGAGCAGGAGCACCGUAACGAGGUGGACAUUCUUCGGGAAAAGAUCAGGGACUCGGAAGUAAAGGUGGAGAUUGAGUCUCCGAACUCCAACCUGGCUGCGAUUGUCAACAAAAUCCGCUUCCAGUACGACAGGCUGGCUGAGCAGAACCUCAGGGACACCGAGGAUUGGUACAAGAGCAAGUUUGACAACAUCAAGGUGGAGGAAGCCCAAAACCUGGAGGCCAUGGAGUCUGGAAAGUCUGAACUCAAGGAUCUGCUGAAGGAGAAGAAAACUGUGGAAAUGCAGAUCCAGACUCAGCUCGGCACGAUCCAGUCCCUGGAGGACUCUCUGAGGAACACCAAAGGAGAGUUCAGCCACCAGCUGGGCCCGCUCAACCGGAAGAUAGUGGACCUGGAAGCGGAGCUGAGGGAUGUGAGGGCACAGGUGGAGCAACACCUGGAGACCAACAAGAGCCUGCUGUGUGUUAAGAUGAAGCUGGAGCAAGAAAUCAACAGCUACCAGAAGCUGAUCCACGGCAUAACGGCUGAUGCUGAGAGCUUGGAGUUUACUAUAGAGGAUGCACUGGAGAGCGAGCAACAACAGCCUGAGGAAAACCAGGAAGCAGCUGUGAGGACACAGAGCGCCCCCCUUAACAAGUCAGCUCCCUACAAAGCCCCCGCUGAGGAGAAUGCCCCUGUCAGCAGCCCCACCGGGAAAAAAAAAAACAAGAAGUCCAAGGCUAAGGAUUCAUCUUCCUCCUCCUCCUCCUCCUCUUCUUCUUCUUCUUCUUCUUCCUCUUCCUCUUCUGAAUCUGAGAAAGAAGAGCCUAAUAAUUAG